UUCCCUUUAAAUUUGGUCAAGACCUUAUAAAUAGUGAGCUGCUUUAGUUCCCCUACAUCACUCCCUCGGUGGAACGCUUAGAGGAGGGUUCACUGCAUGAACAGCGCUACUGUGGACAUCAGUGUAUAGCGUGAUUCGGGGAGGGACUGAAUGUUCAAAAUGUCGGUGUCCCCCCUCGCCGGGGCUCUGUGCUGUGUUCUCCUUGUGUCUUGGGCCUCAGCAGCAGAAAAAGAUGAGGAUGCAAGGUCACCCGAAAAUGAGGACAAAUUCACGGAUUAUUUUGAAUAUUACAUUAAAGAAGCCAACCAUUCAGGGGAAGGGUGCAAUAUGGAACUUGCCAAGAUGUGUCUUUUAGGAUUGUCUAAUGGUACCCUAACAGCCAUGAUUUCUAGUGACUCGGAGGAGAAAAAAAGAUCCUGCGAAAUGGCCUGGAGAACCAAAAUGUGCAUUGAAGGAGUCAUGACCUCCUGUCCUGAGCGUCAAGGGAUGGAGAAAAUCUUGGAUCCGUACGUCCCUCUUCUGACCUCCAUUGCAGAAACAGUUUGCAAUGAUGAAAUGGAUAAAGAUGAACAUAAUGAAGAAAAUGGAGAGAACCAAGAGAGAGCUAGACAAGAUGCCUGGUCGGUGUCUAGGGAAGACAAGAUGGGUUGUAAUCUGGACUUGGUGGGGAUGUGUAUCUCUGGCUUCUUCUAUACAGCUGUUGGUUCUUCUCGUAAAACAUCCCCAUUCUCAUUCACCGAUGGACUGUGCUGGCAAACAGGAACAAGUUUAUCUUGUCUUGUAUCCACAAUGCCAAAGUGUCGUCAUGAGAAGAUCAGAAACUUUGUUAGUAUGAUGGCAGCCCAGCUUCAGAUCACACAAGAGGCAGCAUGUAAGAAAUCUAAGGGCUGUAACUUUGAGAGAGCAAUGGAAAACAUGAUGGCAUUCCAGAAUGCUGUGGAUUCUCCUCUUGUCCAGAUGCAGGGAUCCCCCUUGGCAUGCAGCAUUAUGGAUGUGACAUUAACAAUGACCAUGUCUGACCUGAAGGACUGCCCACAAGAGGUUUACACAAUGGUCAGUGGAGGAAUUCACGUAAUGUACAAGGCCAGGGAGGCUGUCUGUAUGAAGGGGAAGUAUCCUCACAUUGACAUGCCCAAGGUCCCAAUGCUGGAUGAGGUGACCACACUCGGAGCUAUUGUUAACAGUCCUUUUGCAACAAAAGAAACUGUUUGCCCGUUAUUUGAGAUAGCCAUGAAGAAGCUGAUGACAAUGAAGUCAGACGAGGUCUCGCCAGACUCGGUAAUGCAUCUGAUGGACACCAGCAUGAGGAUGAUGGGAGAACUGUGUGCCGACGAGAAAAUGUGGGCCGAUCUGAUGAACCGCACCCUAAUGAAUGACCCCAAUCGACCCUGCAUGUUUACAGAAUCGACCAUGUGUGACCUGGAUCGUGCCCAAGUCUGCGUCGCCCAGUCUCAGCUGGAUAUGCUGCUGGGUGAUGUGGAAAUGUUUGGAUGGGAGCCUGUUUGUCGUGGCAUUGAGAAGAUGACAAGAUGUGUGCAGUACAUGACAAAUGGAUGCAAGAAUUCCUCUGAAGUGACCAUAGAGAGAAUCAGUCCCAAAGUGAGGGAGAUUUUCUCCACUGCUGCCGAUCACUGCCCAGUCAAAACCUUACUGGAGAUGAGAGGGGCAUGCUACCCCAGGAAAUGUAACAUUCAACAGGCUCUCAGCUGCUUCAGCAUUCCAACUGAGAGUGACAUCGCCUCUGGCCAGACUUGCAGUUUCAUCAACAAGACACUUAGCUGUGUAACAGGAAACAUCAAUGGAUGUGGAAUGUUGGAAUCUGCCCAGCCUGUGGCUUAUGCAUUAAAGAGAUACCUGGACUGGCUCAAGCCUUACUGCAUGGACGUUGUGGCCGACCGGAUGCUACAGGCUCUCCCAGAGUGCAGCGUCAAAUACCUGGACGGAUUCAACUUUGUUCUGACCCACUCCACCAAUUUUACACAGGAUUUCUGUGGCUUCCACAUGCACAUGGCUGAUCAGUGUGAUGAGAUGGAUGAUUUACCUGCCUUUUCUACAUACAGCAAAGCCAAGCUCUACUCUAGGGCUGCCAUGAUUUCAUGGAUGUGUCAGAAAAAUGGUUUUGGUAAAGUACUGAAUGAGACUAGGAUAAAAACAAGAAUGGAGGAGCUAUACAUGGAAUCCAAAAGUGUGCCAGAAAUGGAGAUGAUGAAUUAUGAAAUGGCUGGGUCAUGUUUGACUGUUUACAUGCUGCGGCUUUUAGAGUUUUUCUCUUUACCUAUUCCCCAAAGGGAAGUUCUCUGCAGAUCUGUUGAACAUACUAAAAAGUGUGUGCAUGACCACUUUGCCAAUGCGACAGAAGCCAGGAAACGGACAGCUAUGGACGCAAUGAAGGUAGUGAUGAUGCUUCACCAGCAGGUCUGUCCCAUGGAGAUGAUGGAGAGGCCAAAGACAAACAACAAUACCUGUAAUGUCAACGCCAGUGUCUGGUGUCUGGGUAUGAUGGGAAAAUAUCUGUCCUCGGCUUCAGCCUUCCACACAGAAACUCACUGUGGUGCCAUAAGCAUGGGUAUGCAUUGUGUUUACAACAACACUAUGAACUGUUCAGCAUCUGAGAAGGCGCUAGUAAAAGAAGCCAUGGAACCUAUUCUUAGCCUAGCAGGAUCAGCAUGUGAAGUAAACACUGAAGAAGCAUGUAAUGUAACCAAGGCUUUGAUUGGUCGAUUUAUACCAGAGACAUGUGAUCAGACAGCCAUACAAAAUUGCUGGGAUUGGUACAACAAUGCAAAGGAUUACUACAUUUCAACCAAUAACACAAAAGCUCUCUGCAGCAUGGGACAGCAGGCAGUAAUGUGUGCUCAAGCCAGUUCUAGAAGUUGUGAUGAACCAACCACAAAAAGACUUGUAACAGAUCCUAUCCAAACCCUCAAAACCGCAUUACAAACGACAUGCAGGGCCAUGUUUUCUGAGAUGGAGACAAGAGCUCGGGACAACAGCACAAAGACAUGUGAGAUAAAGCCAGCAAUGGUGCCAUGUGUCGGGGAUGUAGAAAUGUGUUUUAGCAGUUCGGAUCCAGCAGAAAUUUGCAGGAACCAGGACUCCAUCAGGGCCUGCAUUACUCUUAUGAUGAAGGGCUGUGACAAAUACAUGGUGUAUUCCUACUCCUCCUCCAUCAAAAUGAAUCAGGACAGCUUGGAGGAAGCCAUUAAAGGACCUUGUAACCUGGUCCCUGAUAACCUUCCCACAAUGCCGAGCAACUUCUCCCAAGACAUGAAAUGCAUAGCAGGCAAUGCCGUGUUUGAAAAGUAUUUGUUCGACAAUUCUGCCACAGAGGGAAAUCUUUGUGAGAUUUUCACAAACAUGUCAGAGUGUAUUUUGGCCAAUGUCUCAGCUGUUUCUCUACCUUGGAGGAAUGCCUUGGAGUCCAUCAGUCAUACUGUUAAGAAGCAAGUGCAUUUCAGGUGCUCUAUUGUAGAUAACAUGAACAUGGUAUAUAAAGAUGAUGAAAGGAAUUCAACAGAUUUUGAAAUGCCACAAAAUUCUACUUGUGAUCCCUUCACUGCCUCGAUGUGUAUGUACAAUUACGCUGCCUCUAACCUUUUCCCGGCAUUUUAUCCCAUCAGAGAAAGAGAACUAACAUGCAGAAAAAGAAGUACUGACGUUCAGUGCAUCCAUAAAAAUCUAAUGGAAUGUCCUGCUGCAGUCAAAAUGAAGACAAUUCGGGUCUUGGAUUGGUUUAAUAGUAUUGGGAAGAGCAUUGGAAUCUGUAAUGAAGAACCGCCAAGAAAAUGUCAGCCCAAGGAGGCCAUGAAAUGCGUGAGCAUGCUCAGUGAAGGAAUCAUGAAGUUCGGAAUGACAGAACAGGCACCUGCUGUCUGCUCUGGGAUCGUAUCUACUGAGUUGUGUGUACUGGAGAACACCGCUGGUUGUGAGGCUGGAGAACGGGCCUCUGUGGAGGAUGCCUACAAAGACGUGUCCAGUGUAGCCAUGAAAACCUGCCAGAUGGACAACACUAAACCCAUGCAGGUCAUGCAGAGAAGGCUCAGUGCGGAAAUGUGUGACAUGAAGAAAGCAAAGAUGUGCUUAAGUGGAAUGUUUGACAAGGUUGCUAUGACAACAGUUUCAACGGAAGAAGUAGACCAAAAGAAACUUUGUGGUGAACUACAUGAGAUGGCAGAGUGUGUCCAGAAGAGCAGCAUGAACUGUGGUGAGGAGGACAGAAUGAAGAUGGCUGCCCACGCUCCGCUGGUCAUGGGACUUCUCAAGGGAACAUGCUCAGAGGAAGAAGAGGAAGAAGUUCCAUUUUGUGUUGUAGAAUCCAACAUGUGUAAGAUGACAGCAGUGAGAUGCCUGAGGGAUUAUAUUCAGAUUUCUACAAUGGAUUCCCUCUCAGACUACUGCAGGCAGGUGCCCCCUACCAUGAAAUGCCUGUCUAGUGCCAUGACUGGCUGUAACAAGAGAUUCCAGAGUUUGGUGGGUAUGGCUAUAGACCAGAUUGGGGAGACCUCCGGAAUGGUGUGUAAAUCUGAGGGCUGUAACAUGGAGCUGGCUUCUAUGUGUAUGAUGGAGGCGGGAGCUCUACUGAAGAUGCCUCCACAGACAUUUACUGACAGUCCUCUGUGGUGUGGAUUUGUAAAACAUGCCUUGAGCUGUGUUGAGAUGCAUGGGAAAUCUUGUGAUAUGAGCAGGAUGCCUCUGUCAGCCGCCUGGUACAACUCCAGUAAGUGGAUGGUUGGGGUACUGUGUCAGGAGAAACCCAAGCCUAACCCAGUCCUGGCUCUAGCUCCUUCCUUCCAGUUGGAGGGGCUCUUCUCCUUGGUUUCUUUGUUGGGUAAUAGAUACUCUACCAAGGAGACAAUUUGUCCACAAUACAGGAGCAUGAUGAUGUCUGUUUACGAAGCUGCUUUUGUCUUGAGCCCCGAAGUGUAUGCUCAGAUGGUUCAGGUGUAUCGCCUACCCAUGAAGAUAGUGGGUAACAUCUGUUACAGUAGAGAGGAGGGCUGGACUAUGUCAGACAAGAUAGCCACGUGUGAUGUUAAGGCGGCCUACCAGUGUGCACAGGAAGCAGCAAUACACUCUAAAAUCACCAGCAGUGUAUUCUAUGGCUGGGAACCAGUCUGCCAGUCCCUGGAGAAGAUGACGUGUUGUGUAGAGACAGCUACCAGUGACUGUAUGGACCACCAGUCAGUCCUAGCCGUCAGGUCUCUCUAUCGCGAGGUCUAUACUGCUGUGGGAGAUAAGUGUUCUGCUCGAGAUAUCUCAGCUCGACUCAUGAAGUCCUGUCCAGUACCAGUCCCUAAGAAGUGCGAGAUCACUAACGCUAUCAAUAAAUGUCUCCUAAAUAUUGGGUCAGAAUCGGACAAACAGCAGAUUUGCAGCAAACUGCCAGAUGUUGUUAAAUGUGUCAAAGAACACACAGAAGGUUGUGCGGCUACCCAGAAUGCACCUCUGGAGUUUAUCUUGCGUAAAUACAAGGAGUGGAGGCAGUCUUCCUGUGACCUCAGCGGGGUCAACCCAGAGGUCAUGGUGAAGGAUGAAACCUCAGAUAUGGCCAACUGUACACUGUUGUACCUGGACAGCUAUUACAAGGGUUUGAUCACCAAAUCCAGCUUCAUGGAUACUUUAUGUUCAGCCAAGAAAGAGGAAGAAAAGUGUAUCGGACAAGCUAAGUACAUUCCGCUACCGAUGCAGUUCAAUUUUGCCCAGACUAUGGAUCAGUAUCAGCAAUUCAGACAGAUGUGCAAUCAGACAACAUUUGAAAACAAGCCAAUGCCUAGCGAACCAUCAAGUUGUAUGAUGGAUAUGGCUGCAAUGUGUAUAGUAACUUAUUCUCAGGCUGUGGUUAGAUGGAAACUGACCCCAAUGGCAGAUAGACUCCCUAUGUGUGGAAAGAUUCUUGAUGUUCAGAGGUGUGUCAAUAACAGUAUACAGACCUGUUCCAAGCAGCGACAAGACGUACUUAGGGAUGGUCUGCUCUCCCUGGUCUAUGAACAUAUGGCAGCCUGCCCAUCAUCUAUUCUGCCUGCUGUCAAGCAAAUGGAUGAUGUGUGUGCCCCUGAUAUGGCUUCCAUGUGCUUCGAGCACUAUGGCAUGUACAUCAGUGAGAUCACUCCAGACAAAAAGGGGGAGGCUUGCAGUAAAUUCCAUGAGACACUUAAAUGUGUUCAUCAAUUCACCAAGAACUGUUCUGACAGUGUCAAAGGUUCUAUCGACUUUAACCCCAUUAUGAACCAUAUCCGUAAUAUACUGGGGAAUUCCUGUCCCCUGUUGUCUACCAUCAUAUGUAAUGUGGAUAUGUGGGAAUCCACACUGCAACACUCAAGAUGUGAACUGCCCAAAGCAAAUCAGUGUCUGAUGAAGCUUGACGAAUACGCUAAAGCCAACAUGACCAAAAUGGACGGAAUGUGCAUGGAAUAUGCAAAAACCUUAGAGUGUGUUUUACAAAACACCAUGACCUGCAAAGCUGAAGAUGUCAAGGAAAUCAACACCACUGUACAUGUCAUCAUGGCAACACUAGGGUAUGAAUGCAUGAAGAUGGCUGCCAAGGAUUCUAAGACAGGGAAUUCUGGGAUGCAGGAAAUGUCCUUCCCCCUGCUGGCUGUUGUCGAGACUUGUAAGGCCAGGCCUGUGUGUUCACAAAGAUGGCUGGACUGUGCUCCAGACAUGAAUGUUACUGUUGUCUGCAACAGUGGAGAAAAAAUUGCCAAUUGCAUGUUGGAAAAAGCUGUUGGCUGCAGCAAUGGGGCACAGUUGAGAGUAGCUCAGGAUGUUCGAUAUUUUGCAAAAGAAUUACAAAAAUACUACACAGGUGGCAAGUGUAAUUUCUCUGAAGUAGUGAUAGAGAGAACUGAGAUAUUAGUUCCCAGAAUGUUCGACAGUGCAUGCUACCUACAGUUUUCUGCCAACAUCACCGCCGUCAUGAAGAAUGCUUCAGCGUCUUUCUGGGAUGUUUGCCCCAUUCUCAGUCAGACACAGCAGUGUUUAGAGAGGGAGGGCUCAAUCCUGGAACCCAUGAUUGGAGGGAUUUGGAAGUUAGCUGCCCACAAGGUUGAUCUUAACAAGUGCUUUGAUGGAUAUGCAGAGGCAAUGAUGAAAAUGAAUAUGAGCAGAGAAGACAGAAAGAUGAUGGAAAUGGAAGACUGGAACAUGACAAUGCUGUACAAUAGGACCAUGAAAGAGUCCUCUGAUUGUGAUAUUGAAAUGGCCACUAAUUGUAUAGACUAUAUGGGAACUUUAUCUGUGUUUGGAGGACCCACUCCCAUGGUUGACAGAGCAGCUGCUUGCAGAGACAUUGCCAUUGGACAAAAAUGCGUUCUUCAUUCCACCAUGCAGUGUUCAGCAAAACUCCGUAUGAAGUUCUUAAAUACAGCAAAGACCCUCAACAAUAUUGUCCAAUCACAUGGCUUCUGUCUGGAUGUUAAGGAGGUUGCUAAGGACUCCUUCAGGGCAGAGGUCAUGAAGAUGGAGUGUAAUGAAGAAGAAGCUAUGCAGUGUCUGGGCAUGCUCAGUCUGUCUAUUCAGCAGCAGCAGUACAUGGAUACCAGAAGUGCUGUUUGCUCACAUCUACUCCCUGUUGAGGUCUGCAUUGCUAAGAAUACCCUGAAAUGCAUGCCUCCUGUUCGCAAGAGCAUUGAAGCAACCUACAUGGAUCUGAAAACCAUUGCUGAAAAUCUCUGUAAGUCUCGGCCAAAGACAGAAGAGAUGAGCGAUGAUCACUGCCUGUCAGACAUGCCAAUGAAACAGAGCACUAUGUGCAGUAUUCCAGAAGCCAUGUAUUGUAUGAAUUCUAUACAUACUAAGAUACUCAGGAUGGCUGAGCGCCAAGAGUCUGUCUGCAGUGUGUUGCCUGAGUUGAGGUCAUGUGUCUGGAAUCAUGUAGGAGGCUGUGAGAGAUGCCAACAGGACAGCGUCUAUAACACCAUGCAGGACGUGUUCCGUCGACUCUCCAAGCUUUGUCCCCACGCCAUGUGUAAUCCUUGCGGAGCUCGCUGGUGUGCGGAUCAACUCAACAUGACCAUGAUGAAGGAACACGAGGGAAUGGACAAUCAGCGAAACAUGACCAUGAUGAUGAAAGACAAGCAGAUGUCAUGUGUUGAUGUCUGGAAGAUGCGUCAGUGCAUGGAGAUGAACCUGGGGACCUGUAGUGUAGAGGAGGUCCAUCAUGUCAGGGAGACUCUGGAGAAGAGAUUGGCUCCCAUGAUCCCUGCCACAUGUCAGGCAAAACUCAAGUUCAGCGAAUGUGCUCUCCACUUUGCUGUCAUGGCUCAAAGGAUCAUUGGGGUAUCGGAGGACAUGAUGCCAAAAGCUGUGUUGGCAGAGGUGCAGAAAAUCAUGAAUGAGUACAUGAAGAACAUGCCUAAACCUGCUACAUACGAGGAACAACUGAGAGCUGUGCAGAGACUGAUCAAGAUUGUAGGCAGUAUGGAGAAAUCCAAGUCCUGUCCCCCCGAGUCCAAUGGCUGGCCGUGGGGACUCCCAGAGGACCGCCCCACACAAUGUAAGGAGGCCACAUCAGCCUGGCAUUGUAUGGCAACACACAUGCAGCAGCUGCCCAAAGACAAAGUUCCUAUGGUCAACGCCUCACUGCAGCUUAUUGGUCAACUCUUAAAGGAUAAAUGUGAUGAAAAGCCUUUGAGAUGCUUCAGUUGUAAAAAUGCUAAAUCAAAUGAGGAAUGUAAUGCACAGCCCAUGGAAAUGUGCAAGGGACAUUAUCAGAUGUGCUACACAGUAACAACACUUCCUAAAACAAUGAAUGAUUCAGAAACAGAUGGUAAGACGCAAGACGAUGACACUAAAGACAGCAGAACCAAAAGGGAUGCUCAUGAUAAGGAGGAUAUGAAGGAAAUGAAGGGGUGGAUCAGUAAAGGGUGUACAAGAAGAUAUCCACUUCUCCAACAUGACACACAAUGUAUGGGUGAAGGGAAAUGUGAAUAUGCCUGUUAUAAAUCGGACUGUAACUACAUGUCUCACUCUGCCAUCAGAGAUGAUAUGUCUUGUGACCCUAAGAUGGCAGCCAUUUGUGGAAUGCAUCUAGUGAGUGAUCUAUUGUCACAGGAGGAAACAGAUUGUGGGAAGGUACAGGAGUACCUGAGGUGUAUGUACCAUCACACAGAGAAGUGUAUGUCCAGCAGUGACCAGCACAUGCACAAGCUGGCCGUACAGCUGGCCUCCACUGCGGGGCUGGUCCGGUGCUACGCUGAACCAGAGGCGUGUCGUUGUGGGCGUUGUACCGCACUGAUAUUCACCAAUCUGGCUCAGAAUCCUCUACUGUCCAGAGAACAAGUCUGCAUGGCUGCUGCUGAGGUUCAGUCUACCAUCCUGAAAACUGUAAUGACCCAAGAGUGUAAAAUGGAGGACAUGAAGAAUUUAUAUGAAGCCACAGAAGUCGGCAUGUCCAUGCUGGGAGAUAUGUGUAAUCCACCAUUUAUUGGAGAGAUGCUGGGUAAGCCUAAGUACAACAUGACGUGUAGUAGAGAGGCUGCCGCUAUGUGUCAGGAGGCUACGCCGUGGGAAGAAUAUGCCAAGAAAAAUGACACCAGAGUCUGUGGGAUGGUGAGGAGGAUGUUUUACUGCUCUCACCUCCACACAGAGAAGUGUGUGUUGACCCAGACAGAACUGACCGUGGCUAUGGCCGCUAUGUCCUCCAUGAUCGACUCCCUGAAGCACCUGUGUGACUUCUCUACCUUUGAGAGGGCUGUCAGGGAAGUCCAGAGCACGGCCCAACCCAGUGCUGAACAGAUCAGAGCAGUGUUAAUGCAGGCAUUUAAAGAGGACUCGCUCAAAGGAAGAGAGGUACUUGACAACAUGAAGGCAUUACAGAAGACUGUUAAUGUUAUGGAGAGGCAGCACAUCUGUAAGCCUUCAGUGGCUCUGCACAACUGCUUCUUCUACAUGGAGAACAUAUCCCCAUCGGAAUUCUGUGGGGCAGCAAACAAGACACAUGCUUGCAUUGAGAUGCUGACCCAGGACUGCAACCCCAUACAGAAGGCACCUGUCAGCUACGUCUUGAACAGUAUUCUGUCUCAGAACCCCAGGCAGUGUGAAAUCUCCAACUCGCCAGCCCCAGAAGCCACCAAAAGUCCGUAUUAUCAGCUGGCUGCUUGUGCCGCCCAGUACACAAUGAAGGUACAGAAAGCCUAUGCUACAUCAGUGGCUCAGUCUUCCAUUGUUGAGAUGUGUGAGGCCUCCAUUAUGCUGGACAGAUGUGUGUACCAUGUGGAGGUCAGCUCUGCAGCCAAGGUCAUGGUGGGCAGCAUGGCCAUGAUGACCAAAGAGCUGGUGGAUUUAACCUGUAAUGCAGUACCUAUGAAUUGGACAGGAGUGGCUUGUAAGAAGGAUGAUGUGGUUUGUAUGGUAAUGAAGAACAUGUCCAAACCAGAGGACAAACAGGACCCACCUCCACAAGAGCCCAGUAGCUGUGAGGCAGUAUAUGCAGCUGGUUGUCUGGGUAACUAUCUGAUGAGGGUUCUUACAUCAGGUUUUGUCCCUGUCACUGAACAAGCUGAUGUCUGCUGGGAGAGAAUGUACAUGGAACAGUGUGUUGUCUCCAAGACUUCCAGCUGUACCUUUAACAGGAAGCAGGAGUUCCUGAAUGCUGUAGAAUGGUUCAAGAACAUCACCAACCCUGGCUGUUCUGUCGUGACUUCAUUUGAAACCGCCAACUGCUCCAUGGCCCAGGAGUGUGUGGCCAUGGGUCUGUAUUAUCUGACAGAAAAAGAAUCUUAUGAGGACCUGGAUGGAUUUUGCUGGGGGGCAUCUAAGAUUGCCAAGUGUAUUGAGCACCAUGCAACUAACUGCUCUCGAAUGGACAUAGUGAACAUUACAGAGGGGGUAGAAAUAAUGGGCAAUGUGACCCACUUUUACUGCCCUCAUCUGGAUGCUCAAAUAUGCCCCCUGACUAAGAUGGAAGGAAGCACCCCAGGAGCUGUGUGUCAAGUGAACAAUAUGAGGAUGUGUAUAAACAGAUUUUAUGAGCAGACACAUGAAGAUCUUAAACUGAGUGAUCAGCAGUAUUGCUCAAUCCUGUCUCAGACCACAGAUUGUGUGAUGAGGAACUCCACUAACUGUCAUUCAGCGACUGUGAACGAGAUGAAGGAACUCAUGAUUCCUGGUAUCCUGAAGGCUAAUGUCAACUGUUCUGUCCUCACCCAGACUUAUCUGUCCUACACCUCCUGUCCGAUAGUAGGAAACUGCUCCAUUGCCUUUGCCAUGGGGAAAAUUACUGAGGCUGUCACCCAGUCUCAGGUUCCAGGGGCUGUUCAGUGCAGCUUGUUCUUUAACCUGCAAAGUGAGUUGUCAGGACAGACAUGUUUCCCAGUGGAGACCUCCAUUAUUAACAAGGCACUCCUCCAGUUCGCGGAUUAUCAAACUGAAGUACACAAUUGUCCAAAACAAUUCACCGGAAUCAGGCAGGCUCCAGGGGUAGUCUUUGAUAACGCUGAACUCGCCAAAUGUGCAGAUGAGAUGGGAGGGAAUCUAGGAAAUGCUCUAACUAAUCCACGGUUUGGAGUUUGGGACAUCUGCGACUCGGCCCAGAAGUACCAUGGAUGUCUGAAGACCCUGUUCAGUACGGCCAAGAGCACCAGGGAGAAGUUCAUCAUGAUGACAAUGAAGAAAUCAUACAUGGAUAUCGAGAGUUUUGUCAACGGAACAUGUGCCAAAUUGAAUAUGACCAAACUUCAGCCUGUGUCACCAGCUGCUGAACCAAGAACCUGUGCUAAAAGCCUUGCUGUUGGAUGUGUCUUGUCGUUCUCCCAGCAGGCCAUGCUCAUGGGUCAGCUAAGACCAGGAGACAUGGAGCAGUUGUGCAGGUCCAGGAUUGAUUAUUACUAUUGUAUGAUGAAUGCCACAGCCGGAUGUUCAUACGGAUUCAGCACCCAACUCCAGACCAUGAUGACACUGGCUGACUCCAUUCUGAUGGGAUCCGGUCAGUGUCCCGAGGAUGUGAUGAAGCAGGCCAAACGUAUGGAGGAGGAGGCAUACAUGGAAAUGGUCUACGGACCUGCCAGGAACGACAUCGCCAUCAAACUUAUCUCAGGAAUGAUGAUGGAGAGAAUGGAAAAGAAAGAUGACGAGGAUGAGAGAGAGAUGGGAGAUGAGGAUAUGAAGGAAGGAAUGGAGGAGGAUGACAAGAAGGAAGGAAUGGAUGAAGAUGAAACAAAGAAGGAAGGAAUGGAUAAGGAGGAUAUGAUGAAUGAGGGAAAAGAUGACAAGAUGGAAGACAAGGAUGAAAUGGACAAAGAGAAAAUGGGAGAUGAAUCAGAUAUGAAGACUAUGGAUAAAAUGAGGAAAGGUUGUGACACUAGAAUGGCAUCCAGAUGUAUGAUGUAUUUCUCCAAUAUGGUUAUAAAGGUCAAUGAUUCAAAUGUCAUAGAACAUUGCAGGGAACUGGAAAAGGCCUUGCCAUGUGUGUGGAACAAUGUCAAGGACUGUGAUGAGGUCACACAAUACUUUGCAGUUCACACAAUCAAACAGGUGACUCGUUAUGGAAUGGGCAUUUGUAAAGGUGUCAUCAAAAUGAUGAUGUCAGGAAACAUGUCAAGGUCAGAGAGAGAAGAAAUGGGAAAAAUGAUGAUGUCACAGAACAUGUCGGAAUCCAUGAGAAGAGAGAUGAGGGGAAUGAUGGGUAUGUCAGAGUCAGAAGACUCCAUGAUGAACGGAAUGGAGGAAGAGGAGGAAGGAAUGGAUGGAGAGAUGGAGGAGGAUGAAAUGGAUAGAGAGAUGGAUGGGAAAAAGAUGAGGGCCAGACUGGAGGAGAUGUUCAGUAACACAGAUCCUGUGUCUAAGGUUAGAGAGAUGGUGAUGUCCUUUAUGAAAGAAGGAGGGGAGAUGGGGGAUAACUUGCAGGGGAUAAUGAAGCUCCUUAGUGUGGCCCCUGAGGACGGAAUGUGUGUGGACCCCGCCAAGUACAAAGAGUUUGGUCGGUGUGACCCCGCCGUGGCUAUGGAGUGUAUACUGGGUGUAGAGAGGGAACUUCUCAACCCCAUGUCAACCAGAUCCAGACUGUGUCUGAAACAGAACAUAGCCCUGCGUUGCUAUGCCGCUAUGUCAGUGGGAUGUGAUCACGUGACAAGCACCAUGCUGGGUGUAUCAGCAUCACUCAUGAUAUACAAGACAGGAGACAUGUGUGAUACGAAGUACGCCUCACCAUGUCAUCGGGAGGAAGAUAAGAGCUGCGAGAUGGAGGAUGCUGAGGAAUGCCUGGAAGAUCUUCAUGAAGUGGUGCUGGCCGCUAAAGACUUCCUACCAGGAUCUGCCACACAAAUGUGCAUGGUUGCUACAAAGACAAAGAAGUGUUUGAUGGAAAAACUCUCUCACUGUGACACCAAAACUAGCCAUGGAUUCCAUGACACAUUAAGCCCUGCUAUACAGUCCCUCGACUACAUCUGUCAAACCAUGCCCGCCCUGGGCUGUGUCACUUCCUUCCUCUGGAAGUCUGCCUCUUCUGUUCUCCUCACUGCAGAUUUAGCCAAGGUAGGCUCAGCGGUUCAAACCAUGAAGUUCUUCCGAGAUCAGAACAUGAGCAUACCUGACGCACAACAGGAGAAGAUGUGGAGAGAGAUGGGAGAUAAACUGAAUGGAUCAAGAAGUGAGGCCAUGACCAUGUUUGCUGGAUGGCUGGGAAGACUGACUGGGAAAGCUCCAGAGUGUAUGAAGAAAGAUGAUUACAUGCAUGGAAUGGAAGGUGUACUGACAAGUGUAUCUGGACUGAUCAAACUGACCAUGAUGGAAAGUGGGCUGGUUCAUCCAGAGAUGGACUUUGUUGAACAGGUAGAAAUGAUGAUCAGUAUGGAUGAUAAGGAUAGUGUGUUGUCUAUGGCCAUUGGUGCUAUAAAUAAAACACUGGUGGAACACAACAUGCGGCUGAACCACUCGUACCUGAUAAGAACCGCUGUCAAAGAAAUCGUACAGAUGGGGGAUAGUACCAAGAUGCUGCAGUUCUUUUAUGCCAAGAUGGCUAAGGGCAUGAUCAUGAAGACCAUGGAGAGGAUGGGUAUGAAGAUGAAGGAGGAUGAAGAUGCAGAGGAAGAAAUGGAGGAGGAGAUGCAGAAGUGGAUGGUUGAUGAGCUAGCAGACAAAGUCCGCGAGAUGAUGCCCGAUAUGACGAAAAUGAUGACCUCACCUGACUACCCUAUUGAAUACCUGUCAAAAUCAAUGGAGGUUAUGAAGAUGAAGAAAUGGUCUUCUUGCUCUGAGCUUGCUGAGGCAGCAAGGUGUAUGGAGAUGUAUACUCAUCUGAUCCCAGCUGAGUCUCGAGCCACUUUGAAUGUCACCAUGCAUGCACUAUUUACAGUUGCAGGAGCAGUUUGUGAACCUACCAAGUGCUUCCAGUGCAAUGGAAUGACAAAUAAUGAGCAAUGUAACCUACAAGGGGUCAUGACCUGUGAGCCAGGUCAAGGUUGUACAACCACAGUUGCUGAUGGAAAGAUCUACAAGGGUUGUUCUUAUCCUGUCGAUGAAUAUAAAGAUGACAGAAUGCACUUUAUGACUUGCAUGGAAAGCUGGUGUAACAAACCACUGAUGACUACACACAAAGAAAAAGACCCAAUGUGUCAGCCAUACAUGGCUAUACAAUGUGGAAUGGACCUUGUGCCAAGCCUUAUCCUCAACAGAACACCCAACAUGAGGGAUGUAUACAAGGCCUCGUGGUGUAUGGACUACCACACCUCUCGCUGUGCUCAUCGCAGCCACCAGGCUGCCAGUCAGCUAGGAUUCAUGAUCAAGCGUACAGCUCUAGAGGGCGCUUGUUCUGGUGACCCGAGUCAGUACGAGUGUGGACUUCGCAGUGUUAUAGGACUGGCUACAGCCAUCAACAAACCUGCCAUUUCCAGGGCAGCUAUCUGCUAUGAAUUGAAUAACACUUUGACCAUGAUCAGGACUGCCCAGGCUCACAACAAAUGCUCCGAGUACGAUUCUAUAGCUGUGUACGACGGACUCAAAACCAUCAUGCAGAUUCUGGGUCAUGACUACUGUCCUGGAAUGAUGGCUCGAGAUAACGCGACCUGUGAGAUGAUGUCUCGAAUGAUGUUAGGCGACAACAAAGACUCCAAGUGUGAAGUGGAGGAGCUUUCCCAGUGUGUGGAGGAACACAAGCUGCUACACAGUCUGGUCAUGAUGUCUGACAUGGAGAAGAUGGAGGCCACAAAGAAAGCCCGGCCAAGGGAUUAUGAUCAAGUCUGCAUGGAGCUAUUUUUAGCAUCACGCUGUAUGAGUUCCAAGGUCAGUGGAUGCAGUCAGACUAUUCAACAUCAAGUAAUGAGAAAUAUGACAAACAAGAUGGGAUUUUUCAUCAGACACUGCCCUAUCUCUAACAUGAUGCAUGAGAUGUGUAGUCCUCUGCCCAUGCCUGAGCCUGUCUGUGAUAUUCCUUAUGCUAAAGCAGCUUGCUUUGGCAGGUUUAUCUCAGAAAGUGAAAUGUGCAGUGCAAACAGGUCAGACCUUAUGACCACUUUGGGUUGCAUUGCUAACCACACCUCAGGAUGUGCAGUAGCCCAGGGUGUACCUGUGUUUAAAAUGGUAUUUGAUGUCAUGGCCAGUGUGACCAUGAGAUGUGGUGCACUCAGCAGAGUUUUCCAGAAUAACCAGAACAUGUACAAGAUGACAGAGGAAAUGGUUGCAAAGAUGAUACUGGAGUACAACAUAAUGCAGAAGAUGGACAAUGAGAGAGACAACAAACCAAUGUCAGGCAUUCUCAACUCCAUGUUGAUGGCCAAGUACGCACAGAAGACCCAGAACAUGACAGCAGAAGUUGUGUUUGCUAGCUUGUCACCUGUACUACGUAAUGUAACAACAGAAAUGGAAAAUGCUGUACAACUUGCCUUAUUUGGAGAUGAGACAAUGGGUGUCGCAGUCUGUAACCUUGACUACAUAGCCAGCUUCAAGAGAGCCCUGAUGUACCCCGACUGGUUCGGCCCUGUCUUCUGUGAAGCUCUUGCCGAGCUGACGUCUUGUCUGAGCCGACAGAAUCUCUCACCGGUGGCCCAGAGCAGCGUCAUGUCCAUGAUGAAUGAGAUGGCAGGUUACACAACAGAGGCCUGUAAGGGGUAUCCCGAGCAGGUGAUGUGGAAGGGCUGGAUGUUGUAUAACCUGACCCAGGGAAUGUCUAAGAUGACACUGCCUGUCCUGGCUAAUGGCACUCGACUUGAGGAGCUGUCCAAACACAUGGCUAAUGGCACUCAGGACAAAAUGAACUUGACUGCUAGGGAAGUGGCCAGCAUGCUUGAUGCCAGCAUAGGAUCUGUGGUUGACCAUAUGCUUCAAGUAAAUGAUACCUGUGAUGUGUACAAGAUUUCCACAAUCAUCUCUGGAUUCUCAGCACAACUGAUUGGACCUUUUGUACCUAAAUCACAGCAUCCAGUUUUGUGCGAUAUGUUGAACAACUCUGUGAUACCAGAAUUACGCCCUCUGAUAGCUAAGUGUUCACCAGCUCACCAGUUGUUGUACAUGGCUGUAAUGGGUACUAUGGUUAAUCAGACGAAGCCAAUCUGUGAUCAGCCUGCCAAUAACAGAGUGGCACCUCCACCUCUCUGUAAAGUGGACGAAGCUUACGGAUGUUACAUGGCUGUCUUCCCUUAUCUCAGCAGCAAUGCCGCUCCUCAGGAAAAACUCUGCAGAGCAUACCACUAUGCUGUAGCCUGUAUAGAGAAGCACACUGUAUCCUGCUCAGCAGAUCAGAAGAUGGGACUGUCCUACAUACAGGAUUAUGUACAGAGUGUCAUCGGGGACACCUGUCCAUUUGUCCAGGCCCUCAGACAGUGUUACAGCACCACCAGUACUAACUACAUCUGUAACGUCAAGAAGGCCAAGGAGUGCAUCUCUGUACUCGGAGACUACAGCAAAGGAGUCACCAAAGAUACCUGCAGUAAACUCCCCCAGAUGUUGCAGUGCUACACUACCCAGACUGCUGGGUGCUCCGGCUCAGACGUGUAUGAUGUGUCUUCCUACUUAGAAGUUUUGAUGCCAGCAUACAAGGUUCUGCCGUACUGUUAUAGUCAGGACGUGUCAGCCACAUUGUAUCGCAGCUGUCAGCCCCCACCCACAUGCUCCCUACAGGAGGCUGGAAAUUGUUACACUCCCCUGAUGACCAAGUCAUCUUGCACUGAACAAGAAGCCUUUUCAGUAAAGAACUGUGCGGCACGUCAUCUGCGAGGCUGUAACCUGAUUCAGCUUCAGGUCUUUGACUCCCAGCUGUGGUUCGGCAGACAGAACGUGGGGACCUGUAACGCCUUCACAUUAGACAGCUCCCUCAUCCCAUCAACCCUAACAGCCGAGGCACAGGGUCUUAACCAGUGUGGAAACAUGUUCCUUGGAAACAUGACUGCAGCUCUCCAGACCAGCACCAGUUCUGUAGAGAGGAUCUGUAGAAGCUUACAGAUGAUGUAUGAAUGCCUGAUGUAUAAUCAGACAGAGGACGCCCGGAAGUUCCUGACCGCCAUGUACGGAAAUUCCUUCGGCAUCACUGCAGAGCUGACAGGGCAGAUCUGUGAACAAGUUAAUACUGCAGAAACACCCAUGGAAACCAAAACAAGUGACCAGUCCUCUACGUCAUGUGACACUACAAUGGCAGCUCAGUGUUUGGCUGCCUAUACUUUCCCUGUUGUGUUCUCAGCCAAUCUAAACCGAGGAGACAAGAAGGCAUUCUGUAGUGAGGGAGCAUUCCAGUCCUGUCUCAUGCUUGUCAAGUCCUCAAUGAGUCAGUGUAGUCCUGCUGAAGUAGAACAACUGGGAGGUUACUAUACCUUCCUGGAGACCGUCAGAGACUUCUCAGGUGUCUGUGAGGAUCAUUUUGCUACCUGUUCUCCAAAUGACCUUAUGACCUGUGGCAUGGAGACCACUUUAAUGAUGAAGAAGAUGGCGGAAGGGAAAAACAUGACAAACAACAAAGACGAUGAUCCCUACUGCAGUCAUUUUGGAGCAACCAUGAAUUGUUUGAGAUCUAACUCAUUUGGCUGCUCCAAAGAGAUCAAAAUGGAGAUUGUAAAAGGAGCAGAAGAGGCCUAUUGCAUUGCCAGCGACCUCCUCAAGUCCUGUGACAAAAUGGAAGAACCCAAAAUGGAGUUACCUAAAUGUAUGAAGAAAGGCCAUAUGACUGCUACUUGUAACACAACAGCAGCCUAUGCUUGUUUGAAAUACCUGUACUGGGAAUUGGAAAGUCCAUUCGUGGAUUGCAGCUCAAUGCAUGAGACCUACACAACCUCAAUGCAGUGUUACAUGGAGAACAUAGGGAACUGCUCCUCAGGACAAAUGAUGAUAGCCAAUUCAAUGCUGGGUAUGAUACACAAAGCCGUGUACAAUGUCUGUCCCAUGAUUCCCGGAAACUCCUGCCAGGAGCCAAUGAGCUGCGAGGCGGAUCAGGCCAUGUACUGCGUGGAAAGUCUGGAUCGUUUGUUGUCUGAAGGUGGAAACAUGGAGAAUGCUCACAUGUGCAUGGCUGUUGAGAUGGCACAUGCCUGUGUAAAGGACAAGACAAGUCGCUGCUCUAUGUUCAGUAAGGGAGCCCUGGAUAUGGCCCUGAAUGCAGUCAAGGACAAGGCAGUCAAAGCCAGGAAAAUGGACUGCUCUAACUCAUUGGACCUCUGUAUGAAUAAGUUCUAUUACUCUUCUCUCGGGGUACUUCAGGGAGAAAUGAUAAUGACCAACUUAUCCAAGAUACGCAAUCAAGUUACCAAUCAGAUGAUGUGGGACAUGACUUAUGGUAAGGACCCGAUGAUGAGGAUGAGUCAGUGGAAGAUGUCAAUGGACAACAUCUCAUCCUCUGUCAUCAACAUGAUGUCAAAGGAGAUAGAGAAGUCUGUGGCGAAGAUGAUGAAGGAAGACAGGAGCAGUGAAGGGAGGAUGAUGGUGUAUGACCUUCAAGUCUUGGAUGUCAUGACACGAGGACUGAAGAGUCACCAAGACAUGUAUCUGAAGGUCAAAACCAUGCAAUGCAUGGGGGCCACCCAGGCUUUUAGUUGUAUCAUAAAUAACCUCCGCAGCUCGACAUCGGGUCUCCGUAGUGAUGUGGCAGGGUUCAUUGCAGGAGUGGGAUCAGAGCUUUAUGUGGUCAUCAAUGACAUGUGUGCUAAGGAGAGGUCCUGUGAUUUAAUGGAGGAGCCAGACACCUGUCAGAUUCUCCCAGCAGCCACACUUGCCAUGCACCAGGUUGGAUCAAUCAUGGACAUGAAGGCUUUCUGCGAUAUGCUGCCUGGCACCAUACAGAAUGUCACAGCACUGAUCCAGAGCUGUAAGGAUGAUGAGGUGAGCUAUCACUUCCGCGGUGCUUUGUCUGAGAUGAAGGCAGCCAAGGACACCAUGUGUAGGUCACAGACAGACUGUCAACUGGAUGCCGCCAAGAAAUGUAUCAGUAGCUUCCAGGCCAACCCAAGCUGCAGUGCUUAUGAGAGUACCCUGCAGUGUGUGACAGCCAACCUUAAGUCUUGUGAUGGAGAAACAAUCCGUCGUACAGAAUUAGAACUACAAGCUGCUUAUGACAAGAUUGCAUCUACCUGUAUACCACUGCCAAAUCUUGUAACAAGUAUCAAUACCAAGUCCACCCUGCGGCUGAUAGAGGGAGGUACAGAGGAGACCCUGGGUCUGAAGCUUUCUGAGUCCCCCAGUGACAAGUGUGAGGCCGGUAAAACUUGCCAGGUCAAGGUCAAACUCCAACUUAGCAACAACCCUGUCUCCACACCAAUGUGCACCGAAAAUCAAGAAAGAAUACCACAAGUAGUUGUGUAUAAAGGAGAGGGUGUUGCAGAUCCAUGUACUUUUACUUUCACUUCUGACAACUGGGAGAAAGGCACACAGAUCCCUCUGGUGGCCAGCAGUGACAUGUUGUAUGACAGAGUCCAGGAUGUCAACCUCAGUAUGGUGGUGGAGAAAUACACAGACAAUCAGCUGGUUCUCACCAGACAGAUGCCAGACAUGAAGGUUGUUGCAACUGACACUGAUCAGCCAGCUUUCUGUUCAUCUUCUGACUCCUACAUUGUUAGUUUUGAUGGAAAGACAGUCAAGAACAGAUACAGAGGAGAAUUCACAUUGUACAAGCAUGCUACCAUGCCAUAUGAGGUCCACAUUCUGAAUCAGGCCUGCACGUCUCGAUCUAAGACCUGUACUUGUGCAGCUAUGGUGAAGUCGCAGGAUGAUGUUCUGGUGGUCGAUGUGUGCAGUAAGGCUCAGGGCUCUCCAUUAGAAUCUCCAGUCAAGUUGUACAAGAAUGGAGACCUGGCUCAAGGAACUAAGAUCUACCAGGACAACGACGGAAAUCUCAUCAUGGUUGAGUUACCGACAGCUGCCCUGGUUGUCAUUCAGAGAGAGUCCAGCAAUAAACUGGGUGUCUUUGUGGUGCCUUCAUCUUUGGACUGGCUCAGAUCUGAAGGAUUGUGUGGUGUGUAUGAUGCCAACAAGAACAAUGACAUGGCCAUGCCUGUAACUGGUAGUCUGACCACCAACAAGGCUCACUUCAUCAAGGGAUGGAGGAAUAAGGCUGGUGACAGUCUGUAUAUUGGAGCACCUGCAGAUCCUACCUAUCAACCUCCAGUUUACUGUACCUGUACCGGAGAUAACACUCUAAUUCAGAACCGGUGUGAACCAAUGCUGAUAUCAAAGACCUGUCCUCUCACAACAUCAGGCAAGGAUGUGACUGCGGAGAUGGUACAGCUGUCUAACUCUGUGGGUAACAGGAGAAACAAGAGGGCUGUGGAGAGUCCAUGGGCAGGACUGUCUGGUAUUGAUGUCAACUAUGAUCCUCAGGACACAGAAUUGACAAGGUCUGCCUCAGGUAACUGGAAUCUGACAACGGGGGGUCAAUACUGUGACAGUAUGAUGGGAAGCAGUACACUAAUGAACAAGUGUCAGACACUGGUGGGCUCCAGCUUCACAGAGGCCAUCCAAGACAUCUGUGUCCAAACCAUACUGACAAACGAUGGCACCAGUGGUGUAUCUAUAGACAGCAUUGUAAAGGUCCAGUGUGAAGCCCAGCUCACUAAGAUGGCCCCCACCAUGAGUACAGACACAAGCUUCCAGACUCUGUCAGCAGAGAUCAUGACCCUGGUGUGUCCUAAUGACUGUAGUGGCAACGGGCAGUGUGAAGGAGGUCAGUGUAAGUGUUACCGUGACUACAUUGGAGCUGACUGCUCUAUCCAGGAGUCGGCAGCGCCCUCUAUCACUAGCCUGGAAGCUGACGGUCUGUGUUCUCUACAGAAUGGAGGCUGUAGGACAGUGCUAGUCUCUGGUGGACCAUUCUCUGAGGAUCUGUCUCCUAAAUGUCACUACCAGGCUACUCAGAUGACCACUACUGGUUUCUCGGCAACUGGCAAUGUCAUCCACUCCCCAGCCCAGUUUAUGACCUCCACCCUAUUAGUGUGUACCGUUCCCGACUCCCUGUCAGCCCCCGCUGGUACCGCUGUCUCAGCUAUCAGUCUGUCUGUCAGUAACAAUGGGCAGGCCAUCAGCCAACCCAAACUCUUUAUCGCCUACCACCCAAUGUGUUAUGUCUGUGAAAGCAGUGGGCAGUGUAACACUACAACAACAGGAUGCGUUAUAGGUGGUAAAUGCUACGUUGCCAAUGAAGUCAAUCCCAGCACUAUUUGUGAAUUCUGUGAUCCUGUCACAGUAACUACAGAUUGGACAAAGAAAAUUGUGCCAGGAUGUCCUGGAUCAGAUUCUAACCCUACAACCACCACCACCCCUACCACCACUACAAAGACCACCACGCCUAGUAACCCUAAUGGUUCUGGGGGUCAGGGUCAGGACAGGCAGUGCUCCACCCCGGCCCCAGUGGUAGAGCAGGAUAGGACCCUAGCCAUCAUUCUGGGGGCCUUCGCCGCCCUCUUCUUCCUCACCACUGUGGUCAUGGGCUGUAAGGCUUGCCGCACAUCAGGGGGAACAAAACACAAAUCUCUCAUGUCUGAUGACAAAGGUUCCAGGCUCAGUUCAAAUUCAGCGUCCUCCAUAGAAGAGAAAAAUUCUUCGGCCUUUGUCAAUGAAACUUACAAUGACAAUAUUAAGGAAGUGGUCGUUGAUCCAAAGAGUUCCUUUGUUUACGGAGCUGUAGCCACUAAAACUGAACCUAAAGCUAAAGGAAGCGACCCAACCAGUCUAUACCCCGAUGUAGAGGGAGUCGAAAAUUAAAGACCAUCACUAACAUAUAGAAAGUCAUCAAAGAGUAGUAAUGGAAAAUCCUCAGGAUCUAGUAGUAUUGAAGAUCCAAAAGACUAUGACAAUGUAGGUUUUACACCCUACA